UUUCCAUGUCAUUUGAAUGUAGCUCGUGCUGGUGUUAACGUUACAACACCGAGCUGAGUCCACACUCAGCAAUAUUUGUCCGUUGUUUCUAAAUGCUUAAAAGGUAGCCAGUGACCAAAUAUACUAGCUAAGUUUGUGAAAGAAUAGCUACAGACAGUAGCUUCUAGUCGUCUAGCCAAAUCAAAUUUGCAGACUUGUUGGGAUUUCCCUUCGCUGUGGUUACCAAUAGUCACCUUGACGCUUUACUUUAGCUAGCUAGCUAACGUUAGCUAAUUCAGAGAAACAUCAUGGCUAAACAGAAGAAAGGGCAGAAGAAUUUCCCAGUGAAGGCCAAAGCUCCGGCCCGUGAAGCAGGCAGACUAGGACCUCCUCUACCAUGACGCAGUGGAAACGCUCACUAUUGGGCGACGACUUCUUCAGCAAACUGGCUGAGGAAGCUGAAAAUGAUGAGGGCUCUGAUGUUUCUGAGGCUGAUCCCACAGCCUUACUGGAGAGAAUGAAGGACAUAGAUGAUAUGGACGCUGAUCUCUUUGGAUCAAAGAAAAAGCCCAGUUCAGCCCCAGCUCAGAGUAAAGGCUCCGGCAUUGGAGGACCUAUGAAAAAUCCUCCUAAAUCAGGAAACAAGUUAAAAGGAGGAGGAAUCUCAGAUGAGCUACACAUUGAGGAGAAGAAGCCAAGUUCUGCUCCUGCAUCGACAGCACGUGGCUACCAGAGGUUCAGUUUCACUGGUGAGCUGACUGUCCUGUCUGGGUCUUUGGCUAGUUUGGCUACACCAUUGGUUAUCAAUGACCCGUGCCACCAAAUUAGUAUUAAUACAAUGCAAAUAUACAUAAUUGUACAUUAUUUCUCCCUAUUGCUUCAGAUGAUGAUGAUCUUGCCCCAACAACUGACACAAAAGGUACCAAAGCUAACAGUUGGACCCAUGUAUAGACCAAAAAAUAUCAGGUCAACUGUAAAAUUCAUUAGAGUGGCCCUACGUGUAGAGUUCUUAACACACCAUAAAGCAUAUUAAUAUCGAAACAGAAUCCCCA